AUGCCUCUUUGGGGCGUUUUCUCUCUUAUCAUAGCACCGUCCUGCCUCGGCCUAGCCUGGGGUAUCAUUGAGGUAUUACUUGCCGGCGCUGUCUAUUCCUCUAGGGACUCCCCACUACUUGCCGGGUCUAAUUCCGUUGAGAAAUCUCUCAAGUUGAUGCGUGAAGUGAGCGCUCAUAUCGCCGAGGGAGCCACUGCCUUCUUGGUAGAGGAGUAUAAGUACCUCUUCGUCUAUGUCAUAGUAUUUGGUAUCGUCAUUGGUGUUAUCACUAGCUGGUUCGCUGCUCUGGCCUUCUUGGUCGGGGCUAUCACCAGCUGUCUUUCUGGUUUUAUAGGCAUGCGGACCGCAGUCUUCUGCAACGUGCGUACUACUCACGAGUGUUGGAAGGGACUGCGGAUGGGAUUUGACGUAGCAAUACGAGGAGGCUCGGUCAUGGGCUUCACCCUAGUGAGCCUGGGAGUACUCACUAUAUUCGCCCUUAUAGCUGUCCUCAAUGCCGUAAUGGUAUUUGAGAAUUCAGGGAACAGCUAUGAUGGCCCAAGCAUACUCUUCGAAGCCCUUGCAGGGUACGGCUUAGGGGGUUCAUCGAUAGCUCUCUUCGCUCGAGUCGGUGGUGGUAUCUAUACUAAGGCGGCUGAUGUUGGAGCGGAUCUGAGUGGGAAAAAUGAGUAUGGCAUGGACGAGGACGACCCACGCAACCCUGCAUGUAUUGCGGAUAACGUUGGCGAUAACGUUGGGGAUAUUGCUGGAAUGGGCGCUGACCUCUUCGGCUCCUUUGCAGAGGCCACAUGUGCGGCAUUCGUACUGAUCGGCAACUCUACACUAUCUCAUCUCAACAUCUAUGAAGCUCCAAUAAUGUACCCAUUGCUGAUCUCCUCAUCGGGUAUCUUCAUAAGUUGGCUGACAGUGCUGCUAGUCCCUCUUGUCAUGCCGGUCAAGGAUAUAGACUGCAUCGAGCGAUCGCUGAAGUCACUGCUCUUCGUGUCAACAUUGCUGAUGACGCCGGCAGUCGUUGGGAUUUCCUACGUCUGCCUACCACCAGAGUUUAUGGUCGGCAUUCGCUCUCCCUUGUUGCCACAGAACCUCAAAGAGGAGGAUGCAGGGAAAAUGGUGGAGUGGUAUGCCUGUAUGGCAUCUGUCCUCAUGGGUCUAUGGUCGGGCCUCCUAGUGGGUCUGGUUACAGAGUACUUCACGAGCCAUAGCUACCGUCCUGUUAGGGACAUAGCCCUUAGUCAAAGGACCUCGGCGGCUACUGGCAUCAUAUACGGCUUAGCUCUGGGAUAUCUCUCUACCAUCAUUCCUGUCCUGGCCCUCAGUGUCACCAUCUUGGUGUCACAUGAGUUCUGUGGCAUGUACGGCAUCGCCUUAGCUGCCUUAGGUAUGCUCUCUACCCUAUGUGUGGGAUUGGCAAUAGAUGCCUAUGGUCCGAUAGCCGACAAUGCUGGGGGGAUAGCUGAGAUGUCUCAUCUCGGGGCGUCUGUCAGGCGCCGGACGGAUGCUUUGGAUGCUGCUGGCAAUACGACGGCCGCGGUCGGGAAGGGAUUCGCGAUAGGGAGCGCGGCCUUGGUCGCUUUGGCGUUGUUCGGCGCCUUCUGUACUCGGGCCAAUAUUGAAAAGGUUAAUGUGUUGAAUGCGUGGACCUUCGCGGGAGUCUUGUACGGCGCUAUGAUGCCGUAUGCCUUCUCGGCCCUGACUAUGAAGUCCGUGGGGAAGGCUGCUACGGACAUGGUGGACGAGUGUAUGAGGCAGUUCCCUAAGAUCAUCAACGGCGAGGCACCUCCCGAUUACACCCGCUGUAUAUCCAUCUCGACAUCAGCUAGUCUGAAGGAGAUGAUACCCCCUGGGGCAUUGGUCAUACUCUCCCCUCUAGUGUUUGGGAUUAUAUGUGGGAAGAACGCCACUGCUGGCCUCCUAGUUGGGGCGCUCAGCUCGGGAGUGCAGAUGGCCAUCUCUAUGUCCAACACUGGUGGGGCAUGGGACAAUGCUAAGAAGUAUAUCGAGUCCGGUGGUCUCGGCCCUGAGCACGGCAAAGGCAGUGCCACGCACAAGCAUGCGGUUACAGGAGACACCGUAGGAGAUCCUCUGAAAGAUACCUCGGGACCUAGCUUGAACAUUCUGGUCAAGUUGUCCGCCAUCAUAUCUCUGGUCUUCGGCAGCAUUAUAGACGUACGCUUUUCGAAUACCAGUGGUGGCCCUAUAUGGCUGAGGCCCAGUUCAUAG